GCUAUGCUAAGUAUGGUCUGUGUUUUUCCGUUGGCUACCACUGUCUCUGCUGGUCUCCUUGAAACCCAUCAUGUGGUACAUGAGCCUGUGGUAGCCAAAGUUGGCCAUGUUGUCCAUUCUGCUCCUUCCGCCGUAUCACACCAGAGCAUCACCCAAGUCCAUAGCAAAGCUGUUGUACAACCUGUCUACACGCCCAUCGUUAAGACCACCGUUCAUGCUGUCCCCAUUGUAAAGACUGUGCAUCAUGUUGCGCCUGUGGUCAAGACUGUCCAUACUCCCGUAGUGCACCAUGUUGCCCCAGUGGUAAAGACCGUUCACACUCCAGUCGUCCAUCAUGUUGCUCCUGUGGUAAAGACUGUCCACACUCCAAUUGUUCAUCGUGCUACUCCUGUUGUUCAUGCUAUUCCAGUGCCACUGUUGCAUCAUCAUUAA